AUUUACAGCUUAGUCUCUGCACCACACGGUCGCUCGUCUGCUGUCUUAAAGGUAUAAGGAAAUGCUAGAUUUAGUGAUAUCACCCAGCCUGACUGUAAAUAGAGAGUGCCCUGACAGACUGAAGCUCAACCUUUCGAACGCCUAUGCCGCAGCUCCAGAUGACAUAGAAGGUAACAGCAAAGCAGCACCGCAGUGUCCUCUCCAUCUGUACUCCACAAAACAUUAUCCCCAUAUAGUGACGGUCCCGCCCUUCCCAGCAAUGGCAGCAUAUGGGCAGACUCAGUACAGCGCGGGACUCCAGCAAGCGGCUGCCUACACGGCCUACCCUCCUCCGGGGCAGCCCUAUGGGAUUCCCUCCUAUGGCAUCAAAACAGAAGAGGGCCUGAGCCACUCGCCGGGCCAGAGCGGCUUCCUUGGCUACAGCUCCAGCUUCGGCACACCAGCAGCCGGCCAGGCGCCCUACACCUACCAGGUGCACGGCACAGCAGGGAUUUACCAAGGAGCCAAUGGGCUGGCAAACUCGGCUGGAUUCGGUGCUGUGCACCAGGAAUACUCCUCCUAUCCAAGCUUUCCGCAGAGCCAGUACUCUCAGUAUUACAGCUCUUCCUACAACUCUCCCUAUGUGUCGGCAAACAGCAUCAGCCCGUCAGCCAUCCCCACGUCCACCUACUCGCUGCAGGACUCGUCCCACAAUAUCACCAGCCAGAGCACAGAAUCACUCUCUGGGGAGUACUCCACGACGCCAGCGAAGGACACCGAAGUGGAGCGGCAGCUGCGAGGCGCGGACGGCAAGGUGCGGACGCGCUCCAAGCGGAGCACCGAUCCCUCCCCUCCCGCUGACAACGAGAUCGAGCGUGUGUUUGUGUGGGACUUGGAUGAGACGAUAAUUAUUUUUCACUCCUUACUCACGGGAACCUUUGCAUCCAGAUACGGGAAGGACACUACAACGUCUGUGCGGAUAGGUCUGAUGAUGGAAGAAAUGAUCUUCAACCUUGCAGAUACGCAUCUGUUCUUUAAUGACCUGGAGGACUGUGACCAGAUCCACAUAGAUGAUGUGUCAUCGGAUGACAACGGACAGGAUCUAAGCACGUACAACUUCUCCUCAGACGGUUUCCACAGCUCGACRGCCAGCGCCAACCUGUGCCUGGGCUCGGGCGUUCACGGGGGAGUCGACUGGAUGAGGAAAUUGGCAUUCCGCUACCGGCGCGUCAAGGAGAUGUACAACACCUACAAAAACAACGUAGGCGGUUUGAUAGGUGCUCCUAAGAGGGAAACCUGGCUGCAGUUGAGAGCAGAGCUUGAAGCGCUGACUGAUCUCUGGCUCACACAUGCUCUGAAGGCUCUGAAUUUGAUACAUUCCCGGUCUAACUGUGUGAAUGUGUUGGUCACCACAACUCAGCUAAUACCAGCUCUCGCGAAAGUGCUGCUCUAUGGACUGGGCACUGUCUUCCCCAUUGAAAAUAUUUACAGUGCUACAAAAACAGGCAAAGAGAGCUGUUUUGAAAGGAUAAUGCAAAGGUUUGGAAGAAAAGCCGUGUAUAUUGUAAUAGGAGAUGGUGUGGAAGAGGAACAGGGAGCAAAAAAGCACAACAUGCCCUUCUGGAGAAUCUCUUGUCACGCCGACCUGGAAGCUCUUCGGCACGCCUUGGAACUUGAAUAUUUGUAGCUGAUCCCAACGUCUUAGCACUGUGAGGGCCUCACUCCAAACUGUUACCUGAGUUCCACCCAUUCCUCAGCAUUUUCCUUACUAAAAAAACCCACAGCAGCUGCAGCUUCUCUUUGUUUUUGAAGGAGAGCCAUUCAAGUGGAAGCCUUGAAGAACCUGCAGCCAAAGAAUAUUGUGUCACAUCYUUCUUCCUUUGAACAAGGAAAAGUCUUCAGACCACCCCCUGGGGAUGCUGCAGGGCUCUGGGCUGCUGGGCCCAGAGCCCUAACUGCCUUUUUGCCACCACCAACAAAACUAAAGACUGGAAAUUUUGGGUCUGCUCACYCCUUUUCUUGCCUUGAAGGGGGAAGAGGAUGUAGUAAGGAAUCUGAGCACGCUCUGUGCACUGCUUCCUAGCACAUGGGACCUUCUGAAAAUAAGAAUGAAAAUGUGUCCUUUUUUUUUUUUUGUAUUUUUUUAAUUUAUGAACUAAUCUCAUUACUCUGGUAUUAAACUCUGUACCUGUGUUUUUAAUCUGGCUUUUUGGGGUGGGUGGGUAGGGAAAGUCCUGCCAUCCUAAAUUAAUAACUUCUCCAGCUCAACUCUGGAGAAAARUCCUAUUGUGUACAUUUGAUAAUGACACCUGGAAUUGUCAGUAAGAACUACAGCU